AUGACUUGCUCAGUUAUUGGAUUAUACUCCAUACCAAGCUUUAGAAUCCUAGUAGUAUUAUGGUCGGUCAGUACUCUCACAUUAUUUGCAAGCUGCAACACAAGAAGAGUCAAAAGUGAGUAUGUUUAUAACAGUGAGAAGGCAUGUAACAGUGAAAUUGAUGUGGAACACACACACCUCAAUAUACAGAUACAGGGUAAUCACCAUCAUUUAUACCACUAUAAUACACAGGCACAAACACUACGGGAAGAAAAUUGCGGUUUAACUGGCGGCAGUCAACUUUUACCUUUAUAUUCUAGUAGUUUAAGUUUGUUGAAGAGUAUUUUGAAUACUUCUUCUCGAAUGCAAAGAGUGUUUGUAUCUAUUCGCUUAGUGUCUGAAUCUGACAUUAACGCUCACAUUGAUUCAGGGUGCAACAUUAACACUAUAAGAUCCACCGGAAGCACCAGUACCUCUGGUAGUAGUGGACAAUCUUCAUCAACCUCUUUAUUCUCAACACAGAAAACCGUUGGUUUGAAUACAAAAUCCAAAGCAAAAGAUGCAUUUCUUAAUACAGAACCAGCUCAGCCUAUUAAAAUCGCACCUCUUUUUACUUCAAAACCAAAACCAUCUACCAACCAAUCUUACACUCAUGCCAUGCCCCCAAAUAAAUCAUCUGGAUCUGUACCACAAAAUCAAGACCUAAAAAGAACACGCACAGAUGAUGAUAUUUCGCCUGUAAAUAAUACAAAUCUGAAACGCAAUAGAAAAGAGGAAUUGAUGGAUUCAAUGCCAUUAGCAGCCAGAGGUAAAGUAUAA